CUUAAGCAUCAUCUCGAUCUACGAUCGACCGUCUCGGCCCAGAAGCAGCGCUCAUGAUGUUCUAAUCAAUAAUCAAGGGACGCCAGCGCGCUGGGGCGGUGAGCAAUGAGCAAGUGGAAGGGCACAGAAUGGAGAGGACUGUCGCUGAUCAUCAUGCUAACGCCUCGCGUCUCGGCUUGUCGCUAUGCGUACCUCGGCGGACGUACCCGUGCCGAACACAGGCCGAGGUUGGGUGUGUCGCCCUCCCGCGCUAAUGAAAAGCAUGUGAAGCGCAUGGCCCUGCGAAGCGAUCUGUCAGUGAGUCACAGUGUAUUCCCGGGCGCGGGCAACAGAUAGGGAACGCAAAGAAGCCGACUGCUGUGGAAGAUCGAUGAUAAUGGCAU